ACUUUAUUUUGGAACUACACUUUUACCCUCAUUCUGGUUUUGUUUUUACUACAAUGAGCCUUGAAAGUGUGCUUCCUCAUACUAUAUGUUAAUAUAUGUUAAUAUUCAUGUCCAUUCCAGGUCACAGUUUGGAAAAUGAGUAUCUAAGGAUAAAUGGCAUUGGGCCUGAGGGCUGAGGAUGCUGUCAUCAGCAAUGCCGUUUUGCUGUGUACAAGCUUGGUACAAGCAGCAUAGCUUAUAACUAUGCAUUUAAAGAGGUGGUAUGAUGAUCAUUCAUUUGUAUUAUAUUUUAAAUCAUCAUGUUUAGUCCUGCAACAUAAAAUAAAACAGGGCAAUUAAGGUGAAUUGCCCAAUUGAUAUCAUUUGGUAUUGAAAACAAACUAUACUUUUUUGUCAUAAUGGAUUUUGGAUCAAAUGAACAGCAAAAAGAGUGGAUUAAAGAGCUGGAGAACUUCUUGGAAAGUGACAGUGGACAUGACACAUCCUCAAGACAGAAGAAAACUGAAAUGCUGCUGCAUUCAAUAACACAGGCACUAGAAAGCCCUGAAUACAACAAUGAUAAUGCUGAGAAACUUACAUCAGUGCCAAAGAAAGAAGCAAAGUCAGAUAAAACUAGUCAUGUGGCAUGCCUGAUGUACUUUGCUUUAUUGUGCAUUGUUACAUUUGCUGCAAUCAAAUAUGGAUACUGCCAAGGAAAGUCGUUGAAACUCUGCUGGAACAAUAACAUUCAGGACUGGAUUUAUCCUAUUCUGAGAGCCAUUCGCCUGAUUGCAUUGCCAAUCAUUCAGUAUUUUCCAUCAAAUACAGAUAUACACGAGGAGACGUGUUUGAUAGAAAACCCGUUCUACUGGGACCAGGAGGUGGACUGCUCGCUCUGUCAAGAUGUUGCCGUUGUCACUCUGUCGGACGCUCAGCACUUCGAGGAGCUAUUCUACCAUAAAGGGGUGCCUGUCAUCGUGCAGGACGCCGUCCCGUCCCCGGUAUCCCUGCCAUCGCUAAGGAAGCUGUACGCUGAGCACCGAGCCGACAUCGCCGCUGGAUCGGCCGUCCGUCUGGUGCCCGCACCGCCCGGCCUGGACAGCCUGGACCGCCUCCUGAGGGCUCCCGCGCGUCGGCUGGCGAAUAUGGAACACUGCAUCCAGUGGCGUUUGUUGCGGGUGUCUGCCGUGAGACAUUUGCGGGAGCUGUUUGUGCGUCCCUACUUCAUCACCAAGAAGACGGAGGUGUCCCUCCACCGCUAUAUCUACCUCUGCGGCGAUCAGGGCGAACAGUUUCACCUGCCGAUGACCGAGUUCGCUAAUGUGUGGAUCAGUCAGCACAGCGGUACCCGGCGGAUUCGGCUAACACCCAGCAGCGAGUGCAGUGACAUCUGUCGACCACUGUCGGCACUACUCCGGCCCGGAGACACACUGUUCUACAACUGGCGCUACUGGCGAGCCACCUCGCUGUCUGUGGACCCCUCGCUGCUGACGGGGACUACCUCCGCGUGGGAUGCCGCCGAGGGUCUCUGUUCUGCCGACACCAGUCCCGCCUCUACCGGCUGGGAGCGGUGGGUGCGCAGCAGAUACCCCAGCUCGGGCAGAGUGUGUCCUCCCGUCGACGGCGAGCGCCCCGGGGAGACAGCAGCUCCGCCGGCCGGUGGACAAGGGUCAGGGGGCGGGGAGGACGCGGCCGCUGCCGCGGUGACGUGUACGGCCGGGGUCAGGACGGACGGGGGGAUGGAUUACUGUGUACGGUCUCCAGGGGUGAGACCCUCGCCCCCCGAGCCUACCGUUGGCAUAACGUUUGUGGGGUCGUUCUACUGAAUUAGUGCUCGGGGAAAGUCAUUGAACUUUAGAUAGCCCUUGCACGAUGUGUUACGCCAAGGCAGCUUACAACGCACAGCUUUAUGAAUCUAGUUAUAACAGGGAUAAGUCCAUUUUUGUGGACUAUUUUAAGUAAGACACUGUGUUGUAUAAUGCACUGCCGCUCCAAGCGGCUUGGAAAGGCGUUAUGUGUAUCUGAGCUUCCACAUUACCUUUACCACGGGUCGCCUGUAUAUGUAUUAUGUAAUCAUUUAUCUCAGCCUUAACCCACCGUACGUUCAACACGUACAGGAAUUAACGCCAAAUACGAGUGUGCCAAUCAGCUUAACCUGACAGUCCCAAGACAUACCGCAGUCUUCCCCGCGCUGGCUGUGCUAUUUUACUUGCACAGCAAUAUCGCUUUAUAUAUUGUAUGUUUAAACUUACCUAACGUGUUGAUGGAACUGUGGUCAAUAGUUAUGUCGGGUGUUGGUGUUUUUCAUCUCAUCCAUGAAAAGAAACUGCGCCGUUUUUAUAUGAUUCACUAGUUGUCCUCGGUCACAGUGUGGCAACUUCGCGUCUCGUCUUCCCAGUCAGUCGUUUUUGUUUAGUAUCCAGGGUACAGAUAGUUUUUAUUUGAGUAACAUGUUCUGUAUGCGCGUACCCUGGCGUACGUUUUGUCCACCGCAGUAGAGCUUUGUUUUAACUAAGUCACAAUGUGCUAGUCCGGCGUCGUAUAUUGCUGCUAGUCGCAAAUGAAGUCACAAAGUUAUGUAUACAGAACAGUUCUAAAUGUAUUGUUUUGCACCGCUACUUGUUAGUAAUUGUGACCACUAAUAUGUGAUGUCACGAUGCCAAACAAAUAUAUUUCUAUUAGCGUC